AUGAUUUCAUUAUGGGCCAUCAACAACGCUCAUAACCAUCUGUCAAAAGUCAAAGCAGUACUCUACGUGCUAGGAAUAGUUUCUCAAACUCUCUCCUUUUUUUUCAUUUAUGCAAUGGCUGGAUUCUAUGAUUGCAGUAGGACCCACAUUAUUGUUGAAACUCUAGAAUUAACGUUGAAUAGGUUUCCAUCGGUAGCUUGCAAUGGAUCACAAAACACUGUUUUGAUGGCUCUCUCCAUUGUCGCCACUUUAUGCUUUUUCAUUUUCGUUCUCUUCUCACGACUCAUGACACAAGAUUUGCAUCCACUGAGUUUCACUCCUUUGGUUGCCUCACAUCCAUACCUUUUAUUAUUGCUUGAUAUCAUUUCAAUGGUUGGUCUUGUUGGAAUGUUUGCCAUUCCAAUCGAAUACUCGUAUGCUGCUGUUGCCUUCAAUACUCUUCUGUCCUUAUUCUUUUUGUUGGCAACAGUGAAAAGCUGUCCCUUCUUUCGGCGGAUUGAUAACUCUUUAAUGACUGGUGUGGCAUGUGCAAGGUUAGGAGCUUGUGUAGGAACACUUGUGAAUACAAUUGUGAAUCAAAAGAAAGAUCUCCCUCAAGGAGCGUCGCUUUACAACGACAAGAAAGCAAUUCUCACCGUUUUAGAUAAUAAGGCGUUGAUAAUCUUCCAAGAAAUGAUAGAAGAAAAGAAAUUAUCUUAUUUACGUGACUUUUUCAAAUUUUGUAACAAGUCAUCAUUUACAACGGUAGUCACAAGACAGGAAGGUGGUGACGUUGUACUCACUGAGAAGGAUUUAGCAAUGACUUUUUCAAAGUUAUUCCUGUUAAGAAAAUCGUCAGAUAUGGACCUACUCUAUUUUGCUGCAUUGCUGAUGGGAUAUGAUCACAGGAAUGAGGGAAGUUUUAGUACCUCACAAGCAAUCGAUCUAAUGAAUCGAGUAUCAAGAAACACCAAGAAUUUUCUAUUUCGAAUGGUUGUUCACUAUCGAAUCAAGGAAAUGCAGCAUUACUCUUCAGAACAUAAUAUUAUUGAAGAUGUGAACGAUUCUGACUCGAAAGUACAAAGUGUGAAGCUUGCUCAAGAAACAUUACUUAGUUUGCAUAGAGACUUUUUCAAAGAAAUGAUCAGCGAUCCUGUGAAGACGAGCAGUCUUGAAAAGAUAACCAAAAAGAUGACAGAGGUGACUAACGAGUGUGAUCAAUUGUUCAAAGAGCUCCUGGUGAACAAGAAGAAUACCACAUAUAUGAGAAUGUAUGCAUCCUAUGUAGAAAAUUUACUGUUCGAUAAGGAGCUGGCUCAAGCAAUUAACAUGGAGGCAAGUCAAAUGGAGGAGGAACAACGCUUAGCACAAUAUGUUUCCUUCCGUAAAAAGUCUCUCUCCCACCAACUUGUUCCAACGAAUGAUAAUAACCAGUCAUUCAAUAAGAAAUACAAAUCCUUUGUAGAAAACAACCCUCAAAACAUGUCCAUGUAUGAGCAAGAUCACAACCAAGGCCAAGAAAUGCUCGAUAAUUUAGAAAGCACAAGUUCCGUUGGAUUUGAGUACGAACAGAAAAAGGAUUAUCUUUUUAGAAAUGCAUUGAAAACUAGAGUCUCUGAUAGAACGAUAUUUUUCUCCUUUUUUUUCUAUAUCCUUUUGUGUAUUGCUUUGAUUAUUGGAGGAAUUGUUCUGCACAUUAUAGAUAGUGCUCAAAUCAAGAAAAAUAUUGUUAAUUUGAGAUAUGUCUGCAUGCCUCAAACCGCUCCACUCUCGAUCAUGAGAAAUAUCAGAAAUAUGCAAAACUUUAUUAAUGUUUUCCUGAAUUAUGGAUACAAUUGGCCUGCAUACGAUCAUGAAUUCCCUUUGCCAAGCAAAAAGGAAUAUGUGAAUUAUUUUUUUGAAAGACUCUCAAAUGACAAGACCAUUAUGGAUGAACUGAUUGCAUUGGGUCAGGCCAUUCAAUUUGAUGCAGCUACUUAUACGGAGUACGGAAAAAGCAUGUACACGACCUACGUUCCUGGUUUUGAAUCGAUACCAGAAUUGGGGAAAACAUUUACAGGAACCCCACAGCCAAGAAAUGUCUCUAUUAUUGAGAUUACGAACUCUAUUCUCAAAUAUACCCAGCAGAUAAUGAAUGAAGAUUUUCCAUAUCCAUAUCUAAAUGAUGCUGUUGACAUGAACAGUCUCAAUACAACACUUGCCAGAGAAGUUAUUACCAAGAUUAUGAAUUCUACAUUUAUGGAAUCUUUUUCAUCAUUUAGUUUCAUGUAUUUGUGGAUCAACAAAAUUCACUUUAGUGAAAUUUACAAAGGAUUUUGUGAUAUAUAUGUCGAAAAAUGCAAAGAUUCUACCCAACACUUGAUUUUACAGAUCGAAAUAUACUUUUUUGUUACUUUGGGAUUGAGCUUUGUGGUUGGAUUUAUCCUCGUGGUCAUCAUUUUCCAGAAUCAAAUGUAUUUCAAAAGAUUGGUGAAACUGCUCGAAAAACAAAUGACAAAAGAUAUGAUUGGAAAAAUUUAUCAUACUCUCAGCAAGAAGACAUGUGUUGAAGCGUCGCUGGACUCCACAGUUGUUUACAAAGCAUUCAGAUCAAAAUAUGCACCUAUCGUGAUAAUUUGCUUGUUGUCCUUGCUCGUUCCCCUCUGUGUAGGGUUAUUUUAUUUGGAAACUUUGAAUAAUGCUAAUAACGCCUUAUUUACUUUUACUAACGUAGGGCUCUCUUCCAAUGUUAUUGGUCACAUGCAAAGAAACUCGUUUUAUUUAGGGGAAUUAUUCACCAAUUUUGGCUUGAAGAACUUUGUUGACACCGGCAAUGUUAAAUAUGGGAACAAAUAUUUGUCAGAAUAUGAAAGCAUUGAUCAAUUGUACAAGUUGGUUCGAUAUGAGACUGAUAUGGUAGCUGCAAACUGGAAUGAGCUAAUUUAUGGAGAUGUUACCAAGCCCAAUGAUGAUCCUGUCAUAGGAUUAUAUCCUUCUCUGGACAAGCUGCUGAAGAGUGGUGUUGCAUCCAAUUGUACAGAAUAUUUAUCGUCACACAAUAUGACAUUUAACUUGAACACAAAUAUUCAAUACUGUUUAGGAAUUGAGAAAGUAAUGACCGAUUACCUUACUGAAUCUACUGAAUUUUGUGAACGAACAAGAAAUGUGUAUCUCGCCCAACUCAACUCGUCCCAAAAUUUGGAUCCAACAGAAAUAUUUAUGGAGCAUAAUUUUGUCAGCAUGAUUUCAUAUCCUCUCACUGACAAGCUUGUCAUUUACAUGAAUGAAUUUGUAAGAGUGUCUGGAGAGUUGUCACUUGUGAUGUUACUUAUUUUUAGCAGUUGUGGACUACUUUUGAUCUUCAUUUUUGGUAAAAUUUUACAUUCCAUGCUCAAGAAUGCCACAGAUCAUUAUCAGCAGUCUAGAAUGCUGCUGAAUUAUAUUCCCAUUGAUUUUGUGGAUCGAAAUGAGAUUCUUAGAAAUCUAAUACUUUAUCAUCAAUUUCCUAAUCCAAUCUUGCAAAAGUUUUCAAAUCGCAGAAUACAUCCAGGUAGCUCUGAAGACGAAGGCACAAUCUUUAAGGGCGUUUCUAACAUCAUUAACUCUAACGUUGAUGGAUCAGCGAUUAUCAAUGAACAGGGAGAGGUUGAGCUGUGCAAUCCAUCUGCAUUGCGAAUGUUUGGCCUCUCAAGUGUUGAUAUUUUAGGAAAUUCGAUAUACAGCUUAUUUUCUUCUGGAGAGUCUCAAACUCAAGUCAAGAAAGUAGUUGCCUCUCUCUUUGAACAAAGCAAACGAUCAACGGAUGGGUCAGCUCACGAAACAUUCGAAGUUGAAUGCGUGCGUAGGAAUCAAAGCAAAUUCCCAGCGAGACUCACACUGUUUACAACUCGUGUUUCACAAAGAGGAAUUAUCCUUGUGAUUACCAUCAAAGAUAUGACUUCAGAAAAGAAACAACAAACCUUGUUAAACGAGGAGAAGAAGAAUUCGGAAAAUUUACUAAAGAAUAUUUUACCUGAAGCGGUGGGAAAUCGAUUGAAACAAGGAGAGACGUUCAUCGCAGAAAAGCUUGGAGAUAUUUCUUGUUUCUUUAGUGACAUGGUUGGGUUCACAAAUUUCAGUUCUGGAAUGCAGCCCACUGAAUUGGUAAAGAUGCUCAACAUUAUAGUGAAUGGAUUUGACACCUUGGUGGAGAUGUAUCACUUGGAAAAGAUUAAAACCAUUGGAGAUGCCUAUUUUGCAGUAGGAGGUUUGCAUGGUGCAGCGUCGUCAGAUCAUCCUGAAAGAACACUACGCUUUGCAAUGGACACUUUCAAAGUCAUUCGAGAUUUCAACGAUGGCAAACAUGGAAUCACUUUAGAAGAAGGUCAUUUGUUGAAUAUUAGAGUGGGCAUCAAUACUGGUCGUGCAGUUGCUGGUGUGAUUGGGAAGAUCAAAUUUGCCUAUGACCUGUGGGGAGACACCAUCAAUACAGCCUCUCGAAUGGAAUCGACAGGAGUUCCUGGUCGAAUUCAAAUUUCAAGAUCGACCUAUGAACGAGUGUACGAUCUAGGUUAUGAAUUUGAAGAACGAAUGGUGGAGGUGAAAGGUAAAGGUAAAAUGCAAAGCUAUCUGUUGAAGGCCAAGCAUCACAUCAAUCCCUUACCAGAACACACCAACAACACCAACAACCCCAACAACAGUUACAGUAGUGGUGGUGAUGAUGAUGACUCUCAUUUCAUCCAAAGUAAUGAACAUGAUCAGAGUGAAAACAACAGUUGUGUCAACGUUAACAACCAUAAUCAAACAGAGUUGAGAGAUGCAGAACAGAGUGCCAUGACCAGCUCGUUAGAAUUUAGUUCCGUGAGAGUUGUUCGGCACUGA